AUGUGUAAGCUAUAUUUAUUUAAGGAAUCUCUAUGCUAUUUUUAUGACAAAAGCUUAUUUUUGAAGGCUUCUUCUGGGAGGACAUUAAUCACCGCACAAAUUCCACUUGUUGCGAGCCAUCCAGAUGUGCAUGAGCCAUGUGAUGAUUCCUUUGCCCUUGUUGAUGCACUACUCUCAGAUAAAGCACAACUCUUGACACUACAACCAAGGUUAUGUAUGGAGGUAGGGUUUGGUAGUGGUUAUGUCAUCACCUCGCUUGCAAUCAUGCUCAGGCAGUUAGGCUCUGGAGCCCAGUACCUAGCAACUGACAUCAACCAACAUGCUGCCGAGACAACUCAAGCGACCCUUGAAGCUCAUGGGGUGCAUGCAGAUGUGAUUGUUACUGACAUCAUGUCUGGUCUUGAUAAACGCCUUGCUGGUAUGGUUGAUGUGGCAGUUGUUAACCCUCCUUAUGUGCCAACUCAUGUGGAAGAAGUCGUAUGUAGAGGCAUUGCUGCGUCUUGGGCAGUCGGUUUGAAUGGCCGCCAAGUGAUAGACAGGAUCCUUCCUGCUGUGCGUGAGAUGCUAUCAGAAAGAGGGUGGCUGUACAUGGUGGCCCUCGAAGAUAAUGAUCCUUCAGACAUAUGUCAUCUGAUGAGCGAGAUGGGGUAUGCAUCCUGCGUUAUCUUGAAGAGGUGUACUGAGGAGGAGAGCCUUUAUGUUCUCGAGUUCUGGCGAGAUCCACACGCUGUUACAAGUGCGUCGCCGAAAUGAUUAUUGUUUCGGGCCC